AUGGAACAGAUUCUGGAGUUAGACAAGAAUCUCAACAUUGAUAUCUUUGACGACGUUGUAAUGAACGCAAACUGCCCAGAUAAUAGGAAAAAGGAGGAAGCCGAGAGGGUUCUGUUGAAGUUUAAGGAACUUCCAAACUCAUGGAUGAAGGUUGAUUAUAUAUUGAACAAUAGCAAGCUUCAAGAAAGCCACUAUGUGGCACUACAGCUGUUGGAAAGCAUGAUAAAGGUGAAGUGGUCUCUGUUUGAUGAAGAAAUGAAGCAAGGGCUCAGAAUGUAUGUAUUCCAACUUGUUAUUGAGAGAUCCAAAGUUCGAGAUAAAGCGAACUAUGUGCUUCAAGAACUGAAUACUAUUCUUAUUGAGAUCGCAAAGAAGGAUUGGCCCCGUCGAUGGCCCACCUUCAUAACAGAUCUUAUCAAUGUAUCCCAGGGAAUAAGCAUGGAGGUAUGCAGAAACAGUCUUAACAUACUUAAAAGACUUAAUGAAGAGGUCUUUAUUUUCUCUGAGGAUAGCAUCACAACUGUCAGAAAGAGGCUCUUAAGAAAUCAGCUGAAGAUUGAAUUUCCACAGAUAUUUGGCUUCAUAAAAACAAUUCUUGAGUAUUCUCGAAACACAGAGAUGGAUGAGGGUCUUUUGGAAGCGACAUUAGAAUCAUUUCAAUGCUUUUGUGGGUCGAUGCCACUUGAUUUCAUCUUUCUCACCGAAAUAAUCGACUUAGUCUUGGAGCACCUAAAUUCUAUGCAUAGUGUUGCAUGCCUCAGCUGUCUGAUUGAAAUUGUCGAUCUAGGAAGGAAUAAAAACCUUGCCAGAAGCCAUGAAAUAGAAAAUGCUGAGAAGGAAAAGAUUCUUGUUAUCCAUAGACAGUGUAUUGAAUUUCUUAAGAUGUACUUUAACAAAUUCCAAGAGGAAAGAGUAUAUGAGGUAUAUGGGGGCAUGGAUAAAUCCGAAAAGAUUUUUAUCCUCAAACUUGCACAGCUUUUAUCUUCUCUAUAUGAGGUCUAUAUAAGCUUACUUGAGGCAAGAGACAUUGCAAAUACAAAAGCAGGACUGGGGUAUCUUAUACAAAUAUCUAAAAUCAACAAUUCAAAUAUUUUUUCAGUUGCAUUUGAAACAUGGAAUAAGUUUGUAUUUGAUCUGUACUCUGAAUUCCCAUUUACUAAUCAAGAUUCCACAAAAAGGCUGAGAAGAUUGAAUUAUAUAGGUAUUCUGAAUCAAUUGAUGGGGACCCUUGUUGACAAGAUGCCCCGGCCCGAAGAAGUAUUUAUUGUGGUUGAUGAGUAUAACGAAGUAAUAAGGAAAAAAAUGACUGACACAGAUCAAAUAGAGUUCUAUAGGAAGAUGAGGGGGUGUUUGUAUCAUUUAGCAUUCCUUAUCGAGGAGGAUAUGAAAAAGUAUUUUAUAAGUAAGGUUGGACUUCAGCUUGAUGAUAAAGAAUGGGACUGCAACUAUCUAAACAGACUAUGCUGGGCCAUUGGAUCGAUAUCAGGUGCAUUUUCUGAAGUAAACGAAAGAGAGUUUUUUGUGAACAUUCUUAAGCACUUGCUAGCAUUGUGUGAGAUGAAGUCGUUUAAGACGGACAAGGCAGUUAUAGCCUCGAACAUAAUGUUCAUAAUUGGACAAUACCAUCGGUUCCUUCUUCACAAUAAGAGCUUUUUGAAGACUGUUGUGAAGAAGCUCUUUGAAUUUAUGGACGAGGAUCACGAAGGAAUCAAGGACAUGGCAUGUGAUAACUUCUUCAAGAUAGUGGAGAAGUGCCCUGUGGAGUUCCUAACGCAAAGAGAAAACGACGAGAUUUUUAUUAUUUAUAUACUGAAGAACUUGCCUGGAAUCACCGGAACCUUAGAGUUUUAUCAGAAGAGAAUUGUUUACGAGGCACUCUUGAUUGUCAUAAAGGAAGUUCCUAAGACAAGGGAUUACAAAUCCAGAGUCUUGGGCUAUGCAGAUCUUCUUUUAUCUUCCCUGCUAAACUUUAAUAUUCUAGCCGACGAGCACAUAAAUCGACUUCCGAGUAUGAUAUCCAAUGUAGAGGAGGCAAAAAUGAUCUCACAUGUUCUUAAGUCCCAUUCUCUGACCUACAGAUUACUUCCAGAAACAUGCUCCUCUAGUUGCAUUCAAAUAUUUCCAAAGUUUUUCAGGAUCUUUGAGAUUUGCAACUCCAUAAUAUUUGAAAACAAAGAAGGCACAGCAUUCAAUAAUGCUAAGGCUGUAAAAGCAGAAAUCAUUGAGCUGUUUACUACGGUAAUUGAUUCAAAAUUUGUACAGAGCGAUUUUGUAAAUAUGGUCUGUGAGAAGGUCAUUUUCGACUACAAGAACAAUUCGAUUUAUAAGGAGCCUGCAAUUUUAGCUUUGGGGUCAAGUAUAGUACGCAAUGCAGAAAAUGACGGGUCAGUUAUAUAUCUACAAAGAGAAGCAUUUUUGAUUUCUGCUUUAAUAGAACCUUCUGUUCCCUUUGUAAUGCAAGCUGAUGAGAAUCUAGAGAUAUCGAAAAACUACCUCCUUCUCAUGGAGAGUAUGCUUUUGUUUUCAUUCAAUUCAUUCUUCUCAUCCUUGUUUAGCCAACCUUCAUUUCGUCAAGUAUAUAACACACUUCUAUACUCCCUGAUUUGCAUAAGAGAUGUUUCAGACUUGUCUUUGAACUGUCUAACCAUCAUCUUUAAGAAAUGCUACGAGCAGAAGAUCUUCCAGUUUUAUGCCCAGAACUACAUGUCUACCUUGGAAAAUAUUCUGGGGAUAAUAUUUGAUAGAGACAUGAGAUAUAACUUUGAUCAGCAGUGUCUUCUAUUUGCAUUUAUGAUUCGUAUAAGUAAGGACAUUCCAAGUCUCGAUGGUAUAAAUCCCAACGUCAAUAUUCUCUCGGAAUACAUAGUUGGGCUAUUUAUGAAAUCAUUUCCAAACAUAACUCAGGAAUCUGUCAAGAUAUUCUCCAUUGGGCUAUUUGAACUAUGCGGAGAUGAUGAAGUUUUUAAAGAACAUGUGGACGAUUUCAGGGUUAAGGUUUAUGAAUUUGGCACGGAUGAAGAUCUCCAAGAGGAGAUUGACCUUAAAAAUGAAAGAAUUAGAAGAUGCAAGAAUUAA